AUGAAAGGCCCCCGAUCAUGGAUUUACUUCCUAGCCUUGGCUUUGCUAUGCCCUGUUGACGCGUCUACUUCCUUGUCUUAUCAUCCCAGCUCGCCCAUCAGCAGCCAGGCUCAUAUCCACACCGCGGUCUGCCAUACUUCGAUUGGGUUGACAUCCGUUGCUUCUGUGCCAACAACGACUAUCACCCGGCGCAUACAUGACCCAUCUCCAGUUGUGGUCUUCUCCAGGACUCAGGAGACCGUCACUAUCACUCCAUCAGAGUCAACAUUGACAGUGACAGAUUACGAGACCACUACUGUUACUUCCACCGCAAGCACCGUCACAGAUGUAUUCUCAACAACCUCGACUGAGUUUGAUACUGUGACUUCGACUGUGACUCCUGCUGAUAUUACAUCAACUGCCUACUCAACUGUGUCGAUUAGUGCCACUAUCACUGCAACUAUUGCCGCCUCUGCGACCUUUACUCCUAUUGCAGAUACUCUGACUACUACUACUGCUCUUGUGGCGCGAUCAUUCGAGCCUUCUCUGGAAAAUGACUGUUCUCCUACAGUGGAUGAUUACCAAUAUCCCCAGGAGGUUAUCUGCCACGAGAAGAUUAUCAUCAGAACUACAACAACUUCUACUGUGACCGAGUCUCCUGCCACCGCAACUGCUGCCGUUCCUUCCACUACCGUGGUAGAGACCAGUACCAUCACGACAAGCUCGGUUGUUGUUCCAGAGGAUGUCUCUACCACACUUAGCUACAGCGCUACCUCCACCAUUACCGAAAUUUCCACGGCACCUGCUGUAACGGAUACCGUGACCUCUAUUGUCACCGUGACAACUGCCGUCACCACCACCUCUGCCUACGCUGCAUGUGCUACCAACAACAUCGCUGGCUCUCCUCUUUCCUCGGAUUUUGGCGGCUUAGCAGGAGAAUACGUUUAUUCCCUGUCUUGGGGUACAGUGUCUGGCUACGGCUCCAGUGUGCAUAGUGUCGACACCGCUGAAGAUUGCUGUAUAAGCUGCCAAGAGCAAUCUAAUUGCAUGGGUACUUUCGGUCGAAACAUUGGCGCGUAUUACUACUGCUACCUGAUCACGACAGACACCUGUUCAUCUUCUUCUACCUAUGGCCUUAUUUACCUGUCGAACGCAGCGACAUCUUACGAUUUUGAGGCUAGUAAUGGAAACUGUGGUCAGUGGAGGAAGUCCUCCUAG